CUUCAAACACCAUGGCGGCCUCACUGGCACCCACAUCCGCGGCCUCAUCUCCAACUACCCCUGCAUUCUCCAAGCUGACGUUGACAAAACCUCGGAGCCCAAUGGCAAACUCUUCGUGCAAUGGGUUUCGGCAAAGAAGAGCUCCCGCUGCUCUUCACGUCCCACCCCUCUGUCCUUGUUAACCCUUCGGCGAUCCCCCUCGUGUUGGUUAUUAGUAGGAACCGGGGUUUCAUUGCCCGAGACUUAGAACCAUCGGUUGCCCCAAAGGUCGCCCUUCUGAAGGAAUACGGCAUCUCUGGGACGGAAAUUGUUCACAUUUUGAGGAGGGGUCGUGGUUUUAUUAGAUGGAGCUUAGAAUCAACUGAGGCAUUGUUGAGGAAAGUACAGGAAUUAGGGUUUGAUGUGAAGUCUCCGAUGUUUGAACGAGUAGGUUUGAAGAGAAGAUGGAAUUCUUUAGGGGGUUCGGGUGGUCGCAGGAGGGGUUUCUUUCUGCAUUUAAGAAAGCCCCCUUACUUCAUCCAUCUCUCAAAGGAGAAUGUACACGCGAAGAUGGAUUUCCUGGUGAAGGAAGCAGGGUGCGAGCAGUCGUACAUUUCUUCGAGCCCCUUGCUCUUGACGCUCAGUUUGGAGACGAGGUUGAAGCCCCGGUAUCACGUGCUGCUGCAGCUCUUGAAGUCGAAUGAAAUUGUUCAUACACGGAGCCUUUGGUACGUCAUGCCCUUCUCCGACAAGAAUUUCUUGCUAAAUAUUCUUCUCCGUAACAAGGAAAAAGUACCAAAACAUCCAUGAUAUCUAUCUUGCUGCUUAUGCUGGUCAAAUGCAAAUUUGAGAUGUAACAGCGAAGGAGAGCUCUACUACCAAGCUUAAUUUACACGGUAAGCAUUUACUGGCCUCCAAUGCUCAACAACAUACGUUUGCCUUAUUUAUCAUGCAAUUAUGAGUCUCUUCAGCUUUUAGUAGUUGUCUCUGAUAAUUUUACAUGCUUUCAACUUAUUAUUCUUCUGAGCGUCAUGCUAGCUAGUUAUGUAGGCUUGUUCCCUAAAAUCUAAUUGUCCUUUUGAAAAUAGUAUACCCAUCAAUUGAUUCUACAAAUUGUGAACUUUAAACCAUAAAAUUCAUGUCUCUUUUUGAUGGAAGAAGAAACAUAAACUCGACUAGAUGUGUCUUUCCUAAGCUUAGCACAGUCCAUGUUUUGAUGUUCUUUUCAUUAGUUUUCAAAUUUACUCUUCCUAGCGUUGUCCUAGAUCAUAGAAGAGUAGUGAGUAUUGAGUAAUAGGUCGGCCAAAAGAUGAGUCUCGUUAUAGAUAAUAAUAUAUGUUGCAAUAGCAUCAAAGAGCUUAGCAUAAGUUCUUUGCUUUGCAUAUCCUACAUUGUGGUCUAUAUGCGUUUAUGUUUAUAUUAUGAAUCUCCCUAACAUAGCCCUGUGGCUAGUCUGAAGCGGAUGACCUUUCAUCUAAAAUUUAGGUAAUAACUAAUGUGGUUUUAUCUGUUGCUUUGCGCAAGCCCUAAACAAAUGCAAAUACAUUCAAAUGAGGUACUGGUAGGAACAUCGCAGUUCUCAGACUUAAGGGACAGUGCUUUGAGGUUUUGGGUAUCAACUUAAAGCCCUGAAUGACUUAUAAAACAUUCCAUUUGAUGUUUUGGUCUUGACUUUUUGGUUGAGGCCUGUUUGUUUUACUAAAAAAAGAGGGAAAUCAAAGAAAUAGAAAACUAUUAAAAUGAAGAAUUGG